AUGCCACCAUGGCUUGCCCCUUAUGUGGAGCUCAGCCGUCUCUACCAGCCAUUGUUUGUGUUGAUCAUAUAUCUCCCAAUCCUGGCUGGACUCUUUCAUGGCGCCCUUGUUGCACAUCCUCAGAUUGCAUCCACGACAAUCUUGCAGUGUGUAGUCAAUUGGUUCCCACUCUCACUGCUUUGGGAGGCUUUCGCGUGUAUUGUCAACGAUGUUGUCGACCAGCGCCUGGAUCGUACAGUUGAGCGGACCCGAAACCGCCCCAUCGCUCGAGGAUCUAUCUCCACAACCCAAGGCUGUAUCUUUGCCACAUCGGUGAGCUUGAUGAUUCUGGCAUUAAACUCGCAAAUACUCCCGACUUCUUCCUUGCUAUACUAUUCCCUCACGACCCUCGGCUGUAUUAUCUAUGCAUACUCGAAGCGUUUCACUUACUACGCGCAAGCCGUUGUUGGUCUUGUUCAUACAAUUGUUUCUCUUUUCGCGUCUUAUUCUGUCGGCUUCGAUGCUUUCUCGGCACCUCGCCAUGUUCUGGUAUCGAGCCUCUCUAUGCUGGCCGCCAUCUUCUUCCUUGUGACGACGUACGAAUUUAUUUACACCUAUCAAGACAUGGAAGAGGACAUUAAGUUCGGGGUGAAGAGUAUGGCCGUGAAAUACGGUCAAUCGGGUAGAGGAGUGCUUCUUGCUUUUUCUCUCAUUUACGGGGGUCUUCUGAUUCUGAGCGGCGCGUCUGGUGCGCUUGGACGAAAUUAUUUUACCGGUGCGGCGUGUUCUAUCGUGACCCUUUUCUUGUCGACCACUCUGGUGGACCUCAAGUCUCCUCAAAGUUGCAGCAAAUGUUUCCUGUACGGGUUUGUUGCUGGAAGUGCGAGCUUAGCUUUGGGUCUAUUCGCAGAUUAUGCUUGGUAG